CUAAAGGUGGAAAUUAAUCCGAACGUAGGAACUAUAACCACGACCAAGUCCAGUGAGAUGGCACAAGACGUACGCAAUAAGAGGCGAAGUUUGGACCUGGCUCAGUUUCAAACCAGAUUGUAUGACGAGUCUUGCUAUUUCUGUUCCGAAUUGUUGAUGCUCUAUCGCAAUGGCAGGCAAUGUCCUUUUCUGUUUAUAUAAAAGGGGAUGAUGCUACUAGAUCUGUUGUUGCCGUCUCUCGUUCACUUUUCUCCCAUACAUAUAUAGAGAGUUUUGUCAUACGUUAUCACUUCUCCUGCGGCUCGCGAAAUUUCAGACAAGAUGGCCAAUGAAGAAUUUCAUGACUUCUACAAAUAUACCCCUUCCAAGGCUGCGGCCAUAGUCUUCAUUAUACUCUUUUUGCCAACCACUGGCUUUCACACAUUCCAACUCGUCAAAAGGAGUGUGUGGUUUUUCAUCCCUGUCGUUGUUGGGGGAAUCUUUGAGAUUGUAGGAUACAGCGCCCGCAUCAUCUCGAGUACCGAAGCGCCCUUAUUCACAGAUACGCCGUACAUUAUCCAAAACCUAUUUUUACUGCUAGCUCCAGCUCUGUUUGCUGCGUCGAUAUACAUGGAGCUAGGACGCAUCAUUGCCAUCCUCCACGGCGAAAAGUUUUCGGUAAUACGAAGAACUUGGAUGACCAAGAUUUUUGUCACUGGUGACAUCCUUUCCUUUGUUGUUCAGGGAUGUGGCGGCGGAAUCAUGUCUAGCGGUACAAAGUCGAAUCUCUCGUUAGGCCAAAAGGUGAUCAUCGUUGGCCUGUGCAUCCAGCUUAUCUUUUUCGGCCUUUUCAUCAUUGUCUCGGUCAUCUUUCACCGCCGGAUGGCUGCUAGGCCAACGACAGCAUCACUAUCUAUCCAGGUUUCCUGGAGUAAAUACCUCUAUUCUCUUUACGCCGUCUCCGUCCUUAUCAUGAUCCGUUCCAUAUUUCGGAUUAUUGAAUACAUUCAGGGCGCGGACGGCACGCUCCUGAGCCGCGAAUUUUACCUCUAUAUUUUCGACGCCACGCUAAUGUGGAUUCUUAUGAUGGUGCUGAACGUCAUGCACCCGGGUGUGAUUUCCGAGUUGUUGAAGGGAGAUUCUCGGCUGAAAUCCGUUGGCAUGGAUAUGCACCCUGAGGAGCUUGGGCUUGCCGGAACUCAUGGUAAUAAUCCGAACUCAAUGAGGAAACAAAGGCCCAGUUUCGCGGAGACAACAUAUGCGAGGCAUGCUAUCGCAACGAGGGGCCUAGCUUGAGCGAUGCGUGUACUCGGAACAACAGAAGCGCUGCUGUAUCACGAUUUUCCUUUGGUCAUCUGGAAGCUGGGGGGUUUUGGAGGCUUCUAUUGACGCGGGUUUUCUCGUACUUUGUAUGUUACCGUUCAUUCGCGCUUAUCAUGGAUUUUGUUCCUUUGGGCAUAUUUCUCUAUUAGCAUUUUGUUCAGAUAUAGAUAGAUAAACAAUACUUUAUACUUGACCCUUUUAUCGCUUCAGGCGUGUCAUUGAAUACUAGAGUUCGCUUGUUCUGAAUAGUUCCGUCCGCAAACUGUCUCGUGAUGAGCAAAGUAGGGAAUAGGGCAUGAGGCGCUCUACGC